GUGUGUGUGUGUGUGUGCGUGUGUAUAAUUACACGAAAAGGCGCAGUUAUUUUAUAGAAUCGUACAAUAUUUCACAGUCACCAGGAAAUUAUUAUUGGAUUAAUAACGUAAAAAAGCAAAUCUAACUUUCUACUAUUUGCCAGAGAUCAGUUCCAACCAGUACACUUUUAUAACGUACAAGAGUACGUUCGCUCAUUCGCUUAUCGUCGCGUGUGCUGUGUCGCUAAGGGGAAGCUUUUAUGCUCGAGAAGUUUUUCUCUCAAUUGUUCAGAGAUCAUCGAUUUUACUCGCGAGGGUAAAGUCAGACGAAAUAAUACUGGAGGAGAAGAUCACUAAGUUGAAACAACGAAUACAAGGAUGAACGGUCAUUUGGAAGUUUCAAAUUUACGAGUUAACAAAAAUGAAAAGAAAAAGACGAUAGAUGAAGCAACCAUUGCUGAAAUACGAACACGAAUGCAAGAAAUUUCGGAGAGCAUUAUCGAACAAGUCAAUGAUCGUAUUAACGAUAUGAUAUCAGAGGUAUUAAACAAAUCUGAGAUAUCAUUACGCAAUAAUUCGGAUAAUUUGGGUGAUAAAUAUUGUGAUAAAAGAAAAUUAUCGAAGGAAAGUAUCUUACUGGAAAAACAAUUUUUUGAAAGAAAUUCAUUACUAACUGAUCUUUUUAACACCAACAAACAUGUGCGGACAGUAUAUAAUAUAUUUAUAACGAUUCUAAUAAUACUUCUUAUAAAUACUAUUGCAUACGAUAUCGUGGAUGGUGGAUCAAUAAAUGUUGGCAUGAAUAUCAUAAUAUGGAGUUUCGGAAAAUUUACAAGAGUCCUUUAUAUUUGGUCUUUAAUGACAUUAACGACACUUGGAAUUUACAUUCCGUUUUAUAUUUGGGCUCACAAACGUCUCCAUUUUCUGCCAUUAUCACCUGCCUUAAAAGGAUGGGACUAUGGAUGGAUAGGGGGGCUUGUAUUAUAUCUACUCGUUUUCAUCGUUCUUCCGGCUAAAGCAAUAGUAGAUGAAGGGCUACCAGUCGCUUCUAGUACCGUAAUUCUUGCAGAACAGGUUCGUAUGUUAAUGAAAUCUUACGCUUUCAUAAGGAGUACAGCGCCAAAAUUUCUUAAGUAUAAAAUCCACGCGGAAAUGGAAAAGCCAGUAAUGCCAGAUUUUUCGAAAUAUCUAUAUUUCUUCUUCGCUCCAACGUUAAUCUAUAGAGAUAAUUAUCCUAGAACAAGAAAUAUUCGAUGGAAGUUUGUCCUUUGGCAUUACCUAGAAGUUUUGUUGAUAAUAUUUUACAUGGCUUUCAUAUGCAAACGCUUCUUUUAUCCGAUGUAUGGGAAACAUGGAGUGAAACCUAUGAGAAGGGAAGAAUUGUUUGUCAAUAUAAUCAAUACAUCCAUGCCUGGAAUUCUUUUCUUCCUUUGUGGAUUUUAUUGUCUUUUACACGCUUGGUUAAAUGCUUGCGCUGAACUACUGCGUUUUGCUGAUCGAUUGUUUUACAAAGACUGGUGGAAUUCAUCGUCUUAUAGCGUUUAUUACAGGACAUGGAACGUCGUCGUACAUGAUUGGCUUUACGCCUACGUAUACAAAGAUGUAGUUGAGAUCUUAACGAACCAAAAUAGAUUCAUCGCAACUUGCUCCGUAUUUUGCAUAUCUGCAUUUGUUCACGAAUAUAUAAUGUGUUUCGCUUUCCGAUUUUUCUGUCCCGGAAUGAUACUUUUGUUCGGUUUCAUAGGCUUCCCAUUAACUUUUAUUACAAGAAAAGCUGGCAAUUUAUUUCUAUGGUGUACCCUCAUGUUGGGCAACGGUGUAAUGUGCAGUAUGUAUGCUAUGGAAUUCUUUGGAAGACAAAACUGUGUUGAGUAUCCUGAUAAAUUCUUGAAUUUCAUUUUACCGAGAAUUUGGUAUUGCAAUCCUAUAUCCGAAUGAACAUUAAAUAAGAUAUGCAUUACUAAUGUUGAAAGAAUCAUUUCUUUAAGGUACUGUCUUUUGUAAUAUAUUGGCUAGAACAUAAAUAUAUAUAUUUUACGAAAA